GCGCAGGGCCAAGCGAUGCGCAGGUGGACGGCGGGGUUCGGCCGAGGGAACGCCUUGCCUGCCUUUAGGGGCCAGGGAGGAGGCCGUGGCUGGAUUAAUGCGGGAGGGGUGGCGAGUUGGACUAGCAGGCCGCUGGUGUCCUCAAGGUCACUUCACUCCCUGCUCCUGCGCUGCUUACCCUUGGUUCUUGCUCCCCUCUUCACCCUGGCUGGAGCUGAGGUUUACUCAGAUAAAGCUCUCAGGUUGGAGCAAAUUGAAGUUUCCUAUCUGGGGGUCUCACACGCCAGGUUUCAAGGUAGUUUAAGCAAGAAGAUGGUAUCUCGUCCCUUUGCAGCCAUGUCAUUUCUGUCUUUACUGUUGACUCUUUUAACUAUGUCAACUCCUUCGUGGUGUCAGAGCCCUGAAGCUACAGCUCCUAAAGCUAGUAAUGGGAUGCCCUUUCCUUGGAAUAAAGUGCGACUUCCUGAGCAUGUCGUCCCAGUUCAUUAUGAUCUCAUGAUCCAUGCAAAUCUCACCACGCUGGCUUUCUGGGGAACCACAGAAGUCGAAGUCACCGUCAGCCAGCCCACCAGUACCAUCAUUCUGCACAGUCACCACCUGCAGAUCGCCAAGGCCACCCUCCGGAAAGGAGCUGGAGAGAGGCCCUCCGAAGAACCGCUGCGGGUCCUGGAAUACCCCCCUCAUGAACAAAUCGCGCUUCUGGCCCCAGAGCCUCUCCUCGUUGGGCUCCCGUACACAGUUGUCAUUGACUAUGCUGGUAAUCUCUCUGAGAACUUCCGUGGAUUUUAUAAAAGUACCUACAGAACCAAGGAUGGGGAAGUGAGGAUACUUGCAUCAACACAGUUUGAACCUACUGCCGCUAGAAUGGCCUUUCCCUGCUUCGAUGAACCUGCCCUCAAAGCGACGUUCUCAAUCAAGAUCAGAAGGGAGCCCAGGCACCUCGCCAUCUCCAACAUGCCACUGGUGAAAUCUGUGACGAUUGCCGAAGGACUCAUAGAAGACCAUUUUGAUGUCACUGUGAAGAUGAGUACCUACCUGGUGGCCUUCAUCAUUUCAGAUUUUAAGUCUGUCAGCAAGAUGACCAAGAGUGGUGUCAAGGUUUCGGUAUAUGCUGUACCAGACAAGAUAAAUCAAGCUGAUUACGCACUGGAUGCUGCUGUAACUCUUCUAGAAUUUUACGAGGAUUAUUUCAGCAUUCCAUAUCCCUUACCCAAACAAGAUCUUGCUGCUAUUCCCGAUUUUCAGUCUGGUGCUAUGGAAAACUGGGGACUGACGACGUACAGAGAAUCUGCUCUGCUGUAUGAUGCAGAAAAGUCUUCUGCGUCCAGUAAACUCGGCAUCACAAUGACUGUGUCCCACGAGCUCGCCCACCAGUGGUUUGGAAAUUUGGUCACUAUGGAAUGGUGGAAUGAUCUUUGGCUAAAUGAGGGAUUUGCCAAGUUUAUGGAAUACGUGUCUGUCAGUGUGACCCAUCCUGAACUGAAAGUUGAAGAUUAUUUCUUUGGUAAAUGUUUCAGUGCGAUGGAGGUAGAUGCCUUAAAUUCUUCACACCCCAUUUCCACACCUGUGGAGAAUCCAGCUCAGAUUCGGGAGAUGUUUGAUGACGUGUCUUAUGAAAAGGGAGCUUGUAUUUUGAAUAUGCUAAGGGAUUAUCUUUCUGCCGAUGCAUUUAAAAAUGGCAUUAUACAGUACCUCCAGAAGUAUAGCUAUAAAAACACAAAAAACGAGGACCUCUGGAAUAGCAUGGCAAGUAUUUGUCCUACUGAUAACACGCAAACAACAGAUGGCUUUUGUUCUAGAAGUCAACAUUCAUCUUCAUCCUCACACUGGCGUCAGGAAGGCCUGGAUGUGAGAAGCAUGAUGAACACCUGGACGCUGCAAAAGGGCUUUCCUCUGGUAACCGUCACAGUAAGAGGGAGGAACGUGCAUGUGAGGCAAGAGCACUAUAUGAAGGGAUCUGACGGUGUCCCGGAGACUGGGUACCUGUGGCAUGUUCCAUUGACAUUCAUUACCAGCAAAUCAGAUGUGGUCCAGAGAUUCUUGCUGAAGACCAAAACAGAUGUGCUCAUCCUCCCCGAAGAGGUGGAAUGGAUCAAAUUUAAUGUGGGAAUGAACGGCUAUUACAUCGUGCAUUACGAGGAUGACGGAUGGGAUUCUUUGGCUGGCCUUUUAAAAGGAACACACACGGCAAUCAGCAGCAAUGAUCGGGCGAGUCUCAUUAACAAUGCAUUUCAGCUUGUCAGCGUUGGAAAACUAUCCAUUGAAAAAGCUUUGGAUUUAAUCCUGUACUUGAAAUAUGAAACUGAAAUUAUGCCUGUGUUCCAAGGUUUGGAUGAACUGAUACCUAUGUAUAAGCUAAUGGAAAAAAGAGACAUGAAUGAAGUAGAAACUCAAUUCAAGGCCUUCCUCAUCAAGCUGCUGAAGGCCCUCAUUGAUAAGCAGACAUGGACGGAUGAUGGCUCGGUCUCGGAGCGAAUGCUGCGGAGUCAGCUCCUCCUCCUUGCCUGUGUGCGCAAGUAUCAGCCAUGUGUGCAGAAGGCAGAAGACUAUUUCAGAAAGUGGAAGGAAUCCAGUGGAGAUCUGAGACUGCCUGACGAUGUGACCUUGGCAGUGUUUGCUGUGGCGGCCCAGAACACCGAAGGCUGGGAUUUUCUUUAUAGUAAAUAUCAGUCGUCUUUGUCUAAUGAAGAGAAAAACCAAAUUGAAUUUGCCCUGUGUACCAGCCAAGAUAAAGAAAAGCUUCAGUGGCUACUAGAUGAAAGCUUUAAGGGAGAUAUAAUAAAAACUCAGGAGUUUCCACAUAUUCUUGGCUUAAUUGGCAGAAACCCUGUGGGCUAUCCACUUGCCUGGCAAUUUCUGAGGGAAAAUUGGAACAAAAUUGUACAAAAGUUUGAACUUGGAUCACCUUCCAUAGCCUACAUGGUAAUGAGGACAACAAAUCAAUUCUCCACGAGAACACGGCUUGAAGAGGUAAAAGGAUUCUUCAGCUCUUUGAAAGAAAACGGUUCUCAGCUUCGUUGUGUCCAACAAACAAUUGAAACCAUUGAAGAAAACAUACGCUGGAUGGAUAAGAAUUUUGAUAAAAUCAGAGCAUGGCUGCAAACUGAAAAGCUUGAACUGCUGUAACAAGUCAUUCCUUGCCAGGUGCCUGUUAUCAAUCACCCAAAUUGGGUUGAAUGUGAACAUUUUCAAACUAGACAAGGCUGUUUUGGCUGCAGCUGAAGGACUUCCUUCCCCUGCAGCUCCUUCUUCGCUUGACUGUUCUGUGAAAGAAUUGACUGUUUUUUUUUUUUUUUAUUUCCUCCAUCAAUGGGCUAGUUCUACCACAUGUUUCAUUUAUGGAUAUUGCUCUGUGAUGGAAACUCAAGGAGUAGACUCCCUUCUAUGGAGGAGUAAAAUAGUUGAUUCUUUCUAUUUUAUGUUUAAGCCUGCAUCCUCUCAAACUUCCUUGCUCUAAAUAUGAGAGGACUUCAAAAAGUUCAUGAAAAUGUGGUAUUAAAUAGUAAUUUAUUUUGGUGCAGAAAUUUGAAAUCCCUGCAUAAUUUUUUCAUACUGUGCAUUUUCCAUGAACUUGCUGAAGACACCCUUGUAUCUGUCAUUCAGAAGCUGUUUCAUCAGUCUCUUCAGAAAUCUUCACAUAGUAAAGGGUGGUCAGAGAUGACGAACUGAGGCUGCACUGGAGUGCCUUCGCUUGCCCCUCCACACCUCUGUCCAAACUCUUCCUUGCUGCAUGCCCAGGGGCUGACUUCUAGGGCCAAGUCAUCAGGCUCCCUUGCUCUCUGGUCAGUAAGUAGCCCCAGGAGAUGGGAGUAGGUCAGAGGAGGAGAGGGUGUAAGUGUUUAUCCCCCGUUCCUGAGAGGUGACUCUUCCACACAGUCUUUUCCACCUCUAGGUUCUGGUAACUGCUUCGUCCUCUCUGGCCUUCAGGACCAGAGGCUACGAAGGGAGCCUGGCUUCUACUAAUCCCAGCAGUACUGUGACGUCCACACGCCCUUCCCACAUGUGUUUAAAAGUCUUUUUAUAGAGCCCUCCUCUGAAAAUCCUGAUUUGAGUGCUAUCUGUGACCUGGGAAACCCUAAUUCAUACUGCACCCUUCUGCAAAGCAGAGCAGUCGAGUCUAUAGAAAAAAAAAUCUUUCCUUUAAAGAUAUCCAAAGAGCUGUUCAUUCUUAGGUAGGGAGGUGAUGUUUCUCUCUGCUCUUUAUUUGGCUUACUUUAUAAUUCCUAAAUAAUUCAUCAGCCCUUAUUGCCAGUAAAUCACUUCAGAGUCACCAGUAGAUAAUAAUAUAUUGUGGAACUGAAAACAUUUGCUUAUAUUAGCCUGAGGGAAGACAAUGUAUUCUUUGGCUUUGAAUAUGUGGCUAACAUUUCAGGAUAAAUGAAUGUAAUUGUUCUGAAAAAUAACAAAAAUAUGUUACUAUAAUUACUAUAGUAUAGGGUGAUUUUUCUGGACAUAAUUAGGUUUAUGAUUCCAUGAUUAACAGUUUGAAAAUAAAAAUUAAAAAAGAAAUCAAUGGUAAUUUCCACCCCAGGCUACUUUCCUUUUUAAAAAACAUACACAGCCAAGAUUUUAAUGUAAAAUACUUUGCUUUAAUUGUAUUUUAUAUCUUGAUUACUGAAACAUGGAAAUAAUGAUUUUCAGUUUUGGUCAUCUGAGGAACCUGUCUUCAUUUACUUUUGGAAAAGUCCAUUUUCUAAACAGAAACAAUAUUGUCACAGCAAUGUGCAGAACCCUUCUUGGUAAUAAAAGUUGUGUGUUUUUUUUUACCUCAAAGCAGAUAUUUCCAAUUAUUUUCUCCUACUGAUGUGUUAAAAAAAUGACUGCUUUAGAUCUGGUACUUAACUCAAGACCUCACUGGUUACUAGCAGACACCAAGUCUUAAAGAUAUUUCUAAUAAAAAGGAGGCAUGUUCUCUUAAAUAAAUGUUCACUUUUAUAGGUACUCUUAAAUAUCUGGAUUUUGGUAUGCCAUUUAAAAAUAUUUCUAUCUAUGCAUGGAAAUUAAUAAUACUGCAACCUUGCAAAUAUAAUUGUCAAAAAGAUUUUAGUCAUUUUUCUAUAAAGCAAAUUAAAAACAAAACACACCUAUACUGCCCAAAGGGGAGAAUUUAACAGUUUAAAAUUCAUCAGGAAAGGUAUUCUUUCUUUCCUUGUUAUUGCUUUGAAAAUAGAAUAACUGGAUCUCUGAUGGGACAGAGACACAGUAUUUUUAGUCGGUGGAGUUUAACAUCCCAUGGGUAUAUGUGUACUUUUUAGAGAAUACUUUUAAGGUGUAUUAAUAAAAUCUGAUGCCCAUUAUAAGCAGUAUUAAUAUUUUUGCUUACCCUCCCCCAUAGACAGUAUUGGCGAUACUAUUAAUUUUUAGUGAAGUCAGUUAAGUCCUAAUAAAAACUUCAACCUGAUGCUAAGGAAAUGAUGCCAUGCUCUCUGGAAUUAAGAAAUUCCAGAUCUGUUUUAUGAUAUGUACCUGACAUCUUUUCCUGCAUUUACUGCCAGGAGAUAAAGAUGAAAUGAAAUAUUUAUCAACAGUCUAUCAAUGGUAUCAGUGCAGUGUUCAUAAACUAUUCGUUCAGAAAGAUCUGAGAAAUCAUUUUUAGUUACAGGCCAUCAGAACUUAACCUUUACAUUGCUGUGGGGGAAAUUGAGAGGAAAUGAAUUUUAAAUUUCAGAUAUACAUCUUUUUUUUUUUUUAAAGCAGAUGUUUGUUUUGUAUUUGGUAAACUUAACUUUCAUAAAGGCGGAUGCUGAACAGUGCGAAGACUAAUGUGGCAAUGGCUCUGAGAUAGCUACUGCUCAGGUUUUAC